CAACAUGUGGGCGUCAAAUAUUUAACAGAAGCCCAUUUGAAGGGCUUCGAAAAAUACAAGUAUAACAGUAUUGACAAAGGAUUUCUCAGUGUUUAUGUUAUGCACCCGUUUUGGAAUAAAUGUGUAGAGUUUCUUCCGAUGUGGUUGGCGCCGAAUAUUCUAACAUUUGUAGGAUUUCUUAUGACGGUGGUUAAUUUUCUUCUGCUAUCCUACUACGACUGGGACUUUGAGGCAGCAAAUCCUGCAGAGAAUACAGUACCGCGGUGGGUGUGGUCAGUGGCGGCCUUAAAUAUACUGAUAUAUUAUAAUCUAGAUGGCAUGGAUGGCAAACAGGCACGGCGUACCGGUACAAGUGGGCCGCUUGGAGAACUGUUCGACCACGGCUUAGAUUCAUAUUCGGCUGUGCUAAUACCCAUCUAUAUGUUUUCGUUGUUUGGAUCGGACGAUUUGCCACCUAUUCGUAUGUUUUUCGUCAUCUGGAAUGUGUUUUUGAACUUCUAUUUGACCCAUGUGGAGAAAUACAAUACCGGUGUAAUGUUUUUACCUUGGGGUUACGACUUCACAAUGUGGGGCGUAAGCAUAACACUGUUUUUGACCACGGUAAUAGGGCCAGGUAUUUGGCGUGCCCGAACAAUUUUUAAUCUAUCAAUGGCCAAUGUGUUUGAAAUCAUCUUAAUCGGCUCGGGCAUUGUCACAAGCCAUCCAAUCAUCGUCAAAAAUAUUUAUAUGUCCUACAAAAAUAAGACUGGCAAAAUGAGGCCAUUUUUGGAAGCAGUUCGUCCAAUGUUCCCCUUCCUGUGGCUCUUUUUCUUCACCACAAUUUGGGCCUUCUAUUCGCGCAAUAACGUUCUGAGCCUGGAACCACGAAUUAUGUUCAUUUUAUUUGGAACUCUGUUCUCGAAUAUUGCGUGUCGUUUAAUUGUAGCGCAAAUGUCUGAUACCCGUUGUGACGGUUUCAAUAUACUCAUGUGGCCCCUGGUAGCCACUGUGGCUGUGAGCUGUUUUCCAUGGUAUGAGCAGGUGAUGGGCAGUGAAAUUGAAGCAAAUGUCGAAAGGUGGAUUGUUCAGGGUCUGACAAUAUUUGUGACCAUAGCUCAUUUGCACUAUGGACAUGGAUUGGUUCGGGAAAUGUGUAGCCAUUUCAAAAUACGCUGCUUCAAAAUUACAAAACCAACACCGGCGGAAGAAGAAAUGCAGCCAACGGCCGAAAUUGUUUAAGAAUAGCGAAUUACUUUGCUCGGGGCGAAGCCGAGGAACGCCACCAAAACAUGGAUCAGAUUGACAAAAUACAAAUUAAGAAAUAUUUUUUUAAUUAUAGUUUUAAGACGUUAUAUUUUUACAUACAUAAGUGCAUACAUUUGACACAUAUUUAUAUACAUAAUAAUAAAAUUGUAAUGACAAUCUGUUAA